AUGGAUAAGUAUGCUUACUUGUACGACUCCGAAGUCCGAGUCCUGUUCAACGACUACGGUAAACGCCAUGGUAUCUCAUCAAGCAAUAUACAUGUGCACCGCAUUGAAAACUGUAGUGGACCCGAUAAAUCCCCAGCCAGGUUCGAAGCCCAUGUCAGGACCUGCUACGAUUUCCAAACGUAUUUGCUUCACUUUGGAAAACGGAUGUCCAACGACUACGAUUGGAAGAUGAUCCAUGUGAAAUGCAAUAUUUUGCACUUCUCGCUUUGCUUGGCUCACGUUUGCCCUCCAGAGGACUUUAUCGCCCUUGGUUAUUGUGCGUACAAUACCACAACAGAUGAAGCACGAAAUGAAUAA